AUAAACAAACAAACAAACAAACAAACAAACAAAGAAUUAACUAAAGCAUCAUAUUUAAUACCCGAAAUGUCAAGUAUUUUGAAAUCAUCUCCAGUAGCUAGACCUUCAUUAAGCUACUAAGAAGUUAUUGAAAUUAUUAGAAAUAAUAUCUAAUGGCUUAAAGAAUAUAAUAGCAAUUAAACUAAGAGUAGGAGGAAUCUCCUUAAUAAAUGGUUUCUUGAUUCAAUUAAAAACUACUUUAUGGAGUAACACGCAGCUCCUUUAUUGAUUCCUGUCUUAAAAUUUAACACUACUUAAUAAGUUAAAGAAUAAAUACAUUCUAAUAUCGAUGAAAGUAUUCCUAAAUACAUGAGCAUCCUCAAAAACUACUUUGAUCUUCUUCUUUCUUAUGGAAAAGUAAACUAAUUCAAGCAAAAUCUCAUAGAUAUGCUUUCUAUCAAUUUAGAAGACUUUUCAUGCACAACCGACUAAACAAAUUAUAUUGUCUAAAAGACCAUUAGAAAACAGUUCGUUGGUCUUUUGGUUUUAACUUAUUGUGAUAUUCCAAACAAAUUUGAAAUAAACUCUUUUUAUGACUUGUGGAACAUUAUUUUCCCUAACGACAAAUAAACCAAAAUGAGACUCUCUAAAUAUGACAUGCUUAAGGAAAAUGAAAAGGGCGCAAAGAAUAAAAAUAGCAGCUCCAAAAAAAUGUCAAAGCAAAAGAGGUGCGAAGCUCAAUAAUUGGAUUAGGAUAACUUCCCUUUUCAAUAGCAAUAACUAUUUACUUUAAAUAGCAAUAUCUACACUUCACCUGUAUCUACUUUUACUUCUACUACUAACCUUUACCCAACUAAUAACAAUAGCAGCAAUAACAACAAUAACAGCGUCAAUGGUUUGGGAUACUCAGUUGCUGUAGCCGAUGAAGAAGAAGAAGAAUAACAUAGUUUGAAUUCUUACUCUGAAGAAAUUUUUGAAAAAAAUUAUGAAAGUGCUCAUUUAAAUACUAAUUUAAUUUAGAUUCCCUAAAAUAAUAUUUCUUUAAUAAGCAGCAACUUCUAAUCUUAGAAUACAGCCAGUGUUUUAUCCUUUCCUUAAUCUUCGAUUGGUAAUUAAUAAUCAGCCUUCUAGCUUAAUAACUUUAAUAACUAAAAUCAUCUGGGAUAAUAAUAACAAUAAUAAUAAAUCAUCUUAAACAAACAUUAAAUUAAGUAAAUUAACUAUUAAUAAAUAAACUCUUAAAAUUGUAAUUCUAGCUAGUAAUUACAGCAACUUGGGCCUUCUUAUAAUGCUUAGUAACAAAGUAUUUCAAAUUCAAAUCUUUUAUCAAAUUAAUAGCAAUAAUCGACUAGUUACCAAGAAAGCUAAUCUCAAGUUACAGCUCAAAACUUAAAAUCACUUGAAUAUCUCUAUUCAAUAUAGCAAAAUGAGCAAUAUCCCAAAGAAUCAAAUCAAAAUAUUUAUGUCAAUGACAAUCACAGCAGCGUGAGCGUAAAUUUGAAUUCUGAACCUGAAUUCUUUACUUCUUCAAGUAGACUAGAAGAAGACUUUGAAUAGAAUGAGUACAUCGUCAAUCACGCACAAGAACAAUACUAAAACUAUCAAUAGCAAGGCUUUGAUUCUUUAGAGCAUCAAAAAUACCAAAUCAACUUCAACAAAAAAGAAGAAGCUUACAUAAUUCCUGUACCAGCUCCAGUUGCAGAAGUACAAUAAUACUAAGAAUACCCCUAAUAUAUGAAUUAUCAAUACUAAUACUAUCCCUCCGAAUAGAUAGAUAGCUAUAAUCUUUUCAACGAACACAAUCAAAUAAUUAACUACGCUGAAGACAAAGAAGAAUUAGUUGAUUCCUUCUUUAAUCGUCAAAUAUUAUGA